CCGGCGCCGGUGGGAGUAAACUGGGAAACUAAACUUGGACCGCGAUGCAAUUGAAGCUCACAGCUGGAGAGGGUCUUUCCAAAAAAGGAAGUCUCCUAUCUACUAGCUUGGAUCGGUGGCUGAGGCAUAUAAGGAGGCCGCCUAUCGCUCGCUUCAAAGACGGCUCCCUCCUCAGCAGACACCAAAACAACAAGCCAACCCAUCUUGAACAAACACCUAGUCUCCCUUGAACCCAUCUCCAAAGCCUCCCGCUUCUCAACCUCGCUCGAAGCUCUUUCAGUGUCAUCUAGACUCUUAUCUCGACCCUACCCUUUCGGCUUUUUGUCACAAAAGACCCACAGUCAAGCACGACCGCCAAAAUGUCCACCACCUACAACAUCUCCGUCAUCAACACGUCGGGCAAGACGCAGAGCUACCUGCUCUUCGCCGUCGUGCCCAAGGUCAGCAGCGUCACGGGCUCGGUUUUCACUAACGUGUUCAUGACGGCCCCGCCCAUCGUCUCCAAGCCCAACCGGUCCAGCUCGACAACCUUCACCAUCACGCGCGAGUUCUUCGCCAUCUGCGGCACCUCGAUCCGGAGCCUAGCCGCCGGAGUCCAGGUCGGCACGAGCGACUACGAGUCGGCCGUCCUCGGCACCAACCAAAUUCCCGGCACCACCUUUUCGUUUACCACUGUCGAUGGCGCCCACUUCAUCCUCCCUUCCCCGGCCAAAACCGCACCCAACGGCGCCUACACCAUUGCCACGGAUUCCAGCUUUAGAAUUCCCAAUCCCAACAACACCUUCGUUGGCCUCGGCGGCAUGAGCACGGCCGGCAGUGUGGUGCCCAUGGCCACCUUCCUGGCCUCGCCCUCGGACACGUACAACAUCUUCCCGGUGGUCAAGUACUACAUCGCCACGGGCAGCUACUCGCCGGGCGAGAUCAUCAACGUGCAGGAGAUUGGCGUCACGCAGCUGGUCGACUUCACGGGCAGC